CGGUUGUGAUAUUGCAGCAGGAGGGCUGAUAACGAAUGCCCUCAGUAGUAGUCAUGAGCGGAGUGUGAGUGACGAGAUAAAAAAAAAAAAAAAAAAAUUAAACCACUAUUACUAUUAUUAUUGUUAUUAGUCUUUGCUCAAGGAAACCGAAUAUUUAUAUUGCAGUGCAUAAAUAUUAACGCACGUUGUAUUAUUAUAAUUAAUAUUUAUUAUUUUCGUCGCACGUACGGCUGCUGCAGUUGCUACAGUCGACCGUCAACGUUCCGUCGCAUCGAAUGUCAUCCGUCGUGUCCGUACGGUUCGCGUUCGCCAAAUCGUGUGAUCGCUUCUAUUAGGUGUAACGUACACACACGCGCGCGCACACACUCGCAUUUGCCCCGCGGCUGCUAUCGUUUGAGCGAUUUUUUUUAUUCUCUUUUUUUUUUUUUUUUUUUUUAAUUUAUUUUUUUUUUCCCCGUCAGUGUUAUGAGUUCGAUUCGGUGAAGGCUCUUUUUUGCACGUCGAAACGCGUUCCAUUUGCACACGCACACACGCGCGUGCAUUCACUUGCAUAUUCUAGGCCUUUUUCCAUUGUUUAUUUUUGCUCGUUUGUUUUUUUUCCCCUCACUCCCUAACGCGAUUCACGCGCGGACGGCAUUGAAGAGCGAGAAUUACCCUUCAACCUCGUCAGACGCCGCUGCGGCCCAUAACUGACCCGUAAACGCAUCACCGUCAUCAGUCUACAUCCGUGACCAAACCAUCCGCGAUGGCAAAAACCUACGAUUACCUGUUCAAACUUUUACUGAUUGGCGACUCGGGUGUGGGCAAAACUUGUGUGUUGUUCCGUUUCAGUGAAGACGCUUUCAACACAACGUUCAUAUCCACAAUUGGUAUUGACUUCAAGAUACGUACCAUCGAAAUGGACGGCAAGAAGAUAAAAUUACAAAUUUGGGACACUGCUGGCCAAGAACGUUUUAGGACAAUAACAACUGCUUAUUAUCGUGGUGCAAUGGGAAUUAUGUUAGUCUACGAUGUUACAAAUGAAAAGUCUUUUGAUAACAUCAAAAAUUGGAUACGCAACAUUGAAGAAAACGCAUCAGCUGAUGUUGAAAAAAUGCUUUUAGGAAAUAAAUGUGAAUUAAGCUCAGGACGUCAGGUAUCAAAGGAACGCGGUGAACAAUUAGCAGUUGAAUAUGGUAUAAAAUUUAUGGAAACUUCAGCAAAAGCAAGUGUUAAUGUUGAGGAAGCUUUUCACACUUUGGCCAGAGAUAUCAAGACAAAAACUGAAAAGAAAUUGAAGGAAGCAUCUAAUCCUCCAAAAGGUGGUGUACAAUCCAGUGGUCACCAUUUACGAGACAAUAAUGGGCCAAAGAAACUUGGUCAAGGUGGUGGAAGUGCUGCUGCGCUCAAUUGGUUGUCAUCAAGAUGUACAGUGCUCUGACCACAGAUAGCAUGUCGUUGCCCAAUUAAACCACAAGAAAUGUACAUCUUAAAUACCAUUGUCAACAGGAUAGUAAAUUAAAAAAAAUUAUUAUAUUGUCUUUCUUUAAUACUAAUAAUUGUUUUUAAUGGAAACUGAAUCUCCGGUAUUUUGUAUUUCUUGAUGACUUGAAAAUACAAACUUCUUUCAUUUUUUAUA